GAAAAUGAAUUUCCUUGAGCUAUAGUGUGUGUAAAAAUAGUAAAAGUUUACAUUAAGUGAGCGAAGAGGCUUCUCUAGCCAUGGCAGUUUUCUGCAAUAUCUUAGAACAGCAUGAAUCUUCACAGAUAAUUCAGGCAAUGAAUUUGAUCUUUCAGCUUUCCCUAAAUCAGUUAGCAAAUAACAGAUUUCAUUUUUCAGAUCAGCUGGGCAGAUGCAUCAAUCAGUCAUCCCAUUUACCACCACUGCUUAUGUGAACUGGAUGUGUGAAUUAUUUGCUUAACUGCAUAGCACAAGGUGAAGCACCCAGUAGGCCAUGGGGACAGCCAACGAGACAGUAGUGACGGAGUUCAUCCUGGUGGGACUCUCCAAUCAUCCCCAGGCACAGGUGGCCUUCUUUGCACUUCUCUUGGUGACCUACCUGCUCACUCUGCUGGGGAAUGGCUUAAUCAUAGUGCUCAUCUGGACUGACUCACAGCUCCACACCCCCAUGUACUUCUUCCUCAGCAAUCUCUCCUUCCUUGACCUCUGCUACACAGCUACCUCUGUGCCCCAGGCAUUGGCCAACUGCUUCAAAAAGAGACCCACAAUCACCUUUGCUAACUGCUACACCCAAAUGACAGUCUCGCUCUACCUGGGAGUGACAGAGUGUCUCCUGCUGGCUGUCAUGGCCUAUGACCGCUUUGUGGCCAUCUGCAACCCCCUGCGCUACCCCCUCAUAAUAAGCGGGAAGGUCUGUAUGCAGAUGGCAGUUGGUGUGUGGGCCAGUGCUUUCUUCCUGACAGCGAUCGUCACCUUUGCUUUCCCACUUCAGUUUUGUGGCCCCAACAUCAUCAACCACUUCACCUGUGAAGCUCUGGCCAUAUUGAAGCUGGCCUGCUCUGACACCCACAUCACCCGCAUCGUUAUGUUUGUCAGUUCGGUCUUGACGCUUCUCGUACCCUUCAUCUUCAUCCUGGUGACAUAUGUGCGCAUUGGUAUGGCUGUGCUGCGUAUCCGCUCGGCCCAGGGCAGGAGCAAAGCUGUCUUCACCUGUGGAUCCCACCUGGUUGUGGUCAGUAUAUUUUAUGGCACGGCCAUGUCCAUGUACAUUCGCCCACAGACCAAGUCUGCCUCUGACCAGGACAAGCUGGUUUCUGUCUUCUACAGGGCAGUGACACCCAUGUUGAACCCCCUGAUCUACAGCCUGAGGAACAAGGAUGUGCAUGGGGCCCUGAGGAGAGUGAGUGGUAGGAAAAUGCUCAUUUCAAGUCCAUGACAUUAUCUGAAUGAGCACCUAAGUAGAGUUACAGACAUUAAAAGGGAAAGAGUUUUGCUUUGCUUAGGGAGCUCUUCAAAGCCUGUAGCGCACUGCGCCGUGUAGUAGUGAUUCUUCAGCAGGCAGACACUGGGCCUGCAGGAAGCAGCAGAGCUCAGACACUUUUACUUUGGUCCAGUGAUUCUCAACCAAGGUCCUGUGGCACCCCAAAAUGUCAUGAGACCUUUCCUGGGUGCUACCCUGCCCAGGGCCUGUGCCAGGAGUUAAGCAACCGCUCUCGACCUGCCUGGCACCAGGCACCACAGAGUACUGCAGACAAGUGAUAACCACAGCUGCCUGCCACUCCACAAGAGCCCUCAGGUCAUCCACCACGGCAGUCCCAGAUGCAUUCCCUGCUGCAUGCUCAUGGACAGGCAAACAGAUCAUGGACUCCAGGCUGCACUUCCACCUGGCUUGUCCCCCUGCUCCUCCAGUGAUCCUUGGGCUGGAAGAAGGGGCUGCAGGUACACAUGGCUUGAGUAGCUGGCAUGCAAGUUGCCAGAUGAGCCAAUAUGGCAGUGAGAUUGCCUUUGCCUUCUCAGGAACACAGAUGGGGAGGGGGGUAGGCUGUGGACAAAGCGGGGCACAGAGGGGUCAGGUAUUGCCCCUGCCAUUCUCACCUGGCACCAGUUUGACUCUCUGGGAUGAAAACACCCAGCCAACCAGGUAGUACUUGCACAGUCUAAGGGCUCAUUUUCAUCAACAUACAUCUGGUUCAAGUUAACUGCAUCUUUGAAGCAUGGUGGAAUGCAGGAUUUUACAAUACUUUCCUGCAAGAGAUUCAAGUGUAGUGAGAUGGGGGUCUACCUGGGACUUUGACUCUACCUCAGUUGUUCCCAGAUGGGGCACCACUAAAUUCCAAAAAAUUAUGGCAGGGUGCCUGGGGUUAAAAUGAUGGAGAAUUGCUGCUUUGGCCCCUGAGCUUUGUCUCUUUGUAGCUCAGGUUCCUUUCCCCAGAAACAAGCUAAAUUCCAUGUUUCACAGGCCCAAGGACCUGCUGCUGUGGGGUUAGUCUGGAACUGAUGGGCUCAGAGUCCCAGCAUGUGGGCCACAAGAGACUUCACAGACUGGCCAUUUCGGACUUUGAUUGAUUCCCCCCAAAGAGGCCCAGGAUCAGGUCUGAGCACUGCUCACAUUGCACUUGCACUGAUCUGGAGGCCUGGGGUACAGGACCAAAUCAUAGACAACAAAAAACGUCAGGCAAAAUGCAUCCUAUUGGGCACAGCCAAACACUGACUGGUCACAAGGCAAAGGUGCCAUCUCCACCACAGAAAUUCUUGAACCUUUCCUCUGACCUGUACAUCAGUCACCCAGGCAAGCAGAACUCAAGUCUGAACUGGUUGUGGACUCCUUGGUUAUUUUUAGUGGUUUGUAGGGGCAGCAGCAGAUCCAAACUGAGGGGAUAACAGGGCCAGUUGUGUGUCUCAGCAGCCUCAGGGUCCACGUAGGCCCAAAGACAUGUAACCAGAGCAAUGGAGUUAUCUGAGGAAGAUCCUUGCCUCACUGAUAGGAGGCCCAGAGUCAAGGGGAAAUAUGAAGAAGGCAAGAAGAGUCACAUCUCCCACAAGGUAGGAAUAAACAGAUCAUCCCAGCCAUGUCCUCCCAGAUGCACGGACAUAGGUAACCUCUGCUGCCAUAAAAAGUGAGCCUCUGGAUGACACAGGCUCAUGUGGCUCCGGAGACAUGUCACAGUCCAAUUGCAGACUCCCACUGACUGGGACUUAUGAGGGUGUCUCACCUGUGCCCCACAAGAACAGGAUGAGACUUGGCAGGGCUCUGAAAUCCACUCAGAGCAUGGAUUGUGCCCAUAUGGCCUGGAGCCAAGACAAGUGUGGCAAGGCACAUGACACACUCCCUGUGAAAAUCAGAAAUACAGUCACCUUAUUUUCAAAUGGGCAUGUGACAGGGCACUGUGUGUGCCUGCCACUUUAAGGGCCUGGAGCUGGCAGCCACCAGGUGCCUGACAAGGGCAGCCAUUUUGGAGUCAGGGGCUGUCUAUACAAACAGGGUAGUUCGGCUGCUGGAGGUCAGGCAACAACAUUGCCUGGCCAGAGAGCUGCUGAAAUCAUCUGGAGGUAAGGGAGGAGCUGUAGUGGAUGGUCAGGAGGCUCCUGGUCCUGGGCAUGACCUAAAACUGCACCCUGCCGGGAGUGGGUGGUCUGGUGGGGCUCUCAGUGGUGCAGGAGCCCCCAGAAAAUGCCAGGCCAGUUACUGCCCCGGUGAAAGGUGGGUAACCCCUGUGUUUGUGUGAAGGGUCCAGAGGGCAGACCCCUGGAGAGAUUGAGGGGCUAGAGACCUGACCUGAACAAGAGAGUACUCUUGGCUGGCCCAUGCUGGGGCCAGGACCAGGAUGGUCAAAAGGGCAGGGGCCCACCGUGAGAGAUGCCCAAGAGCUGGGGGCCUGGGGUCCCGACUGUCCUGGAGGUGGGCCAGGGCUGGUAGCCAGAGGUCCCGGGGGGAACACACCUGAGAGGGGAGAAUAGUUUUGUGGGGUCUAGGUAGCCUGAAUGAAAGUGGAGAGGCUGCCUGAGCAGAGGGAUCAUGGAGGGGUCCUGUUAGGACGAUUCUGGGGCCCAGUGUGGGGGCCGGUGAUUAUGUGAACAUCAAGAUGCCAUCUGCAAGGCUUGGGCUGCGGUAUAGGGGAGGAAAGGAGCUGCAGAGAGCGCCCCCUGGCAUCGGGGCACCAAAAUGGGCAGCCUCCUGCUUAAUUGACAUCAAUUAACAUCAAGGUGUGGCGGGCGAGAAGGCGGGUGGUUGGCCCAAGAACAGGUGGGCGGGCCAUGGAGAUGGGCCCAAGUAGGCCCCCUGUUACAGGGCACGUCUACAUGAGGUGCUUACUGUGUAUUGGCAUAAAAACACUGUGUGCUAGUGUAUCACGGAGAAAAUCAUGCUAAUAGCCUACUGGGCAGUAUUAUUCAGCUAAUGCACAGUAAGCAUCAUUAAAUAACCGUGUGCCAGUGCUAAUACAACGUAAAUCUAGGUACUGCAUACUUAGUUAGUACUUUAUUAAGCAAGUACUAAAGUAAAUGCACAGUAUCUAAGGUACAUUAAUGAACAUGUAGACGCACCCAAUGAGUGCAAAAAGCAAGAAAGGAAGGAAGGGGCUGAAAAGCCUUCAGUCUGCAUGUCACCCUCCUCCUUCAGCCUCAGUCUCUCCAGUUGGAUAGUUGAGAAUUUGUUUGUAUUGUUUCAGGCAGCUGAAUAGGCAUUGAAGCUAGUGCUUAUUCCUGUGAUUUGUGGUAUAAUCAA